AUGGUCGCGAUAAAGGUUCUAAAUUUGCAAAACGAGGAAGGAUGCAAGAGGUUUGAUACUGAAUGUCAAGUGAUGAGAAGCAUCAAAUAUAUAAAUCUUCUAAAGGUGAUCACUAUGUGUUCAAAUCAAUACGUAAGAGCUAUCGUUCUCGAGUAUAUGCCAAAUGUAAUUCUAGAAAAUUGGUUGUAUGGUAAGGAACAUCAGGUCUUGGACAUAUUUCAAAGAGUUAUCAUAAUGCUUGAUGUGGCUAUGACAUUAGAAUAUCUUCACUAUGGUUAUGAUACUCCUAUAGUUGAUUGUGACUUGAAGCCUGAAAAUGUUUUGUUGGAGACAUAG